AUGUACCCGAAUGGAUCUGUCCUUUCAGUGGUCUUGACUUUGCACUCUUUGGAACUCUCUCAGACGAGCAUUUAUCCUGCAUUUAUAUUUGGAACAGUGGCAUAUUUGAUCAUCUUACUCUGCAAUUUAACAAUUGUUCUCACCAUUUGUGAAAACAGGAAUCUUCAUAAACCAAUGUUCAUACUGUUACUUAACCUGCCUAUCAGUGAUGCAAUGGGUGCUACAAGCCUUUUUCCUCAGCUGCUGUAUAGUAUAUGGUCUCAGGACAGAUCAAUAUCCUACCCUGCAUGUUUGCUUCAAGGCUUUAUUGUACACUUGUAUGGUGGUGCCUCUCACGUAAUUCUUACUGCUAUGGCAUUUGACAGGUAUAUCGCUAUCUGCUUCCCAUUGAGAUAUGGAGCCAUUAUGACUUCCAAUAAACUAGUGAGUAUCAUAAGUGUGAUGUGGCUCCUUAAUUUUAUUAUUAUAUUUGUACUUUUCUGUCUUCUAAUGCCUUACAAGAUUUGCCAGGUAUACAUGGCAGAUCUUGUCUGUUAUAACCCAUUUUUAAUGAAAAUCAUGUCAAUCUUCAUGCUUUUCCAGUGA